AUGGGACCACCAACAACCAUCGCCGUAACGACAAUAGCAACCCUAACGGAAGAAAAUUUGAACCAAUUACCUUCGAAAACAAUUUACAAGAGACUGGAUACCUCUACGGGGACGUGCGCGGACAAAACUAAGGAGGGAAAAUUAAAGACUACAUUGCAAAAUGCUAAAGUGGAUGGAACAACUAUUGGCAAAAUUAUAGGAACAUUAUGUUAUAUUAGUAAUUUACAGAACACAGAUGAGAACGCUGACGAUGAGAAUUUUCUCUAUUAUUGGUUUGGACAAAAAGUGGCCACAUCCAAAAAGAAUGGGAAUUUUGUACAAAUUAUGAACGAGUGUAAAGAUAUAAUUACCACCAUAGGGGAGGAGGGUUAUAUGCCUCCCUUCUUCCCAGAAACUUACGGUACUAAUGAAAAAGAUUUCCAAACAUGGAAAACAUUGUUCGACUAUGGAAACAAGGACCAGGAAGUUAUAAAACAACAAUUAGGAGAGGAAGAGGCAGGACCAACGAAACAAUGUAAUAAAGCUUAUCACGACUACCUACAAAAAAUAAAGGACGCCUAUACAACUGUACGUACAAAUUGUAUGAAGAAAAGUGGGGACAAAUGGAAUGCUUGGUGUACUCCUUUUGAAACAUAUUUCCAUGAUUAUAAGACGAGGAACAGUUUAAACUUAAGUUGUACUAAAGUAGAUGCUGCAGGGGCACAACUUACAGGGGCGAAAGGGAGCACAAAUAACACCAACAACAUCACCCCUAUUGCUGUAUCCAGUACCCUUGCUACAGUAGGAUUACCAACAUUGGCAUUCUUUCUAUAUAAGUAUGAUCUUCUACCUUUGGGGAUAAAAAACAUGUUCUUUGGGAACAAUAGCAGUGGCAAUAGAAGAAACAGAAGGAACGGAAGAUCAACCAUUGGACGUCACCACUUUGACAACACAUUCACAGAAGCCAGCUCAACAUUCGGUGCAGCAACGAACGUCUCAACGGUAGCUUCGACAAUAGGUGAUUCAACAACGGAUGGAUCUACUAUAUAUGGUGGGCCAACAUCCAGAGGAAGAGGAAGAAGAAACAACAAACAACAACCACAACAUAAGGAAAGACAACAGCAACAACAGAGACAAAGAAAUAUACGCUAUCAGAGCAUGUAA